CUUUAAACUUAUGCUCACCGUAGCUAAACAUGCUAAACGCUUGCGGUCCUAGCUAACUCACAGACUGAAGCUAACUGGCUAAUGCGCGGAACGCAGCGUGUCCUUGCCGCGACAAAGUCUCUUUCGAAAAACGCCGGUUUUACUUCUGACACCAGUGUAAUGUUCCCAGGAACGUAGGCUCAUAGACUUAUUCGUUUGUCUUGUCUUUAUUAGAUAAGAUGCAAUGUAACCACACAACAGCUCCAAUGUGCGUCUUUCCUCUUUCCCGGCAAAACUCGAACUAACACUUCCUGUCAACAACGUCACUUCCCUAACUUCCCCGGAAGUCCCGCCCCCCAGCCAAAGCCAUUGGCUAACACCCCGUAGCUAGCCGCUACAUCAUGUUGUCUACCUUGUAGUUUUUCUGUUUCAUGUCCUGAACAAAAAAGACUGAUGGCUAUUUAUUUACACUGUGGAGUAUUUUAUUUUCCAAAUAUUAUUACUGUGUAAUAUUAUCGAGGAAUUAUUGGUGUGAAACAAAACAUUAUUACUGGGAAACGAGAGGGCGGAACCAAAGUGUGAGCGCCCGCCACGUGCGCCGGACUCCUUUGAUCGAGGACACUUCCGCCUCCUUGCCAGACUGAUGUUGGAUGGAGAAAGGACAGCUUCCGUGCCUCAUUUCUUCUUUUCAGACAGAUACAACAAGUCAGCAGACAUCAUACACUGAUACAGACUGCCAGACACAAUCACCAAAGACCUGUUCAGUUGGGACACAACUUUCCAUAAAGACUCAACAAGCGCAUGUCAGAAGUAAAGGGACACAGACAAACCCACACUACACAGAUAAAUCAACAAAGUGUCUUCAUUGAGAGGCUACAGACCAGACUAAAUGGAGACAUGAGGACUGACUCCCCAGACAUCUGUGAAGAACAUCUUCUCCCUGAGCAGCACAAGUGGACCUCAAGAAUGGAGAAGGAUAAGCCCCAGUUCCCCUAUAUCAAAGAGGAAGAGGAGGAGCACCAACAACUAAAAGUGGAAGAGGAGGAGCCACAUUACCCCCACAUUAAAGGGGAAGAGGAGGAGGAUGAGCAAAAGCAACCCUACAUCAAAGAGGAGAAGCCACAUUUCUCUUACAUUAAGGAAGAAAAUGAGUUCCAUUCCUCCCUCACAUUACAGAGGAAGAGCUUUGUUCACAUUAAAGAGGAAGAGGAGGAACACAGCAUCAGUCACGAGGGAGAGCAUUUUGAAGGACUGGAGGAUGUUGAUGUCACCAAGAUGCCAUUGACUGGUGUGAUUGUGAAGAUUGAAGAUGAGGUCAAAGGUGAGGACAAGAGAGAGGCGGAGCCUCCAAGCAGCAGCUCAAGUCAACACAUGACAACAGAAGCUGAUGGAGACCACUGUGGGGGAUCACAAGCAGACAAGCUCUUCGCUCCACUAUCAGAUAGUGACGACACAACGGAACACUCUUCCGAUUCUGGUGAUGAAGACUCUAAAGCAGAUAAGACAGGUCACACUGACAACACACACUUGACAUGUUCUCACUGUGACACAACAUUCAAAAGCCCUAGUCAUCUGAAAAUACACAUGAGAAUACACACUGGUGAAAAACCUUUUUCCUGUUCAAUCUGCGGUAAAGAUUUUACUCGACGGUACCAAUUGAAAACACACAUGAGAACACACACCGGAGAAAAACCUUUUUUCUGCUCAGAGUGUGGUAAAGCUUUUGCGCAUAAUAGUGUGCUGAAAACACACAUGAGAAAACACACUGGAGAAAAACCUUUUUCCUGUUCAAUCUGUGGUAAAGAUUUUACUCGAAGAUACCAUUUGAAACUACACAUGACAGCACACACCGGGGAAAAACCUUUCUACUGUUCUGAAUGUGGUAAAGGUUUUACACUUAAAAGUGUGCUGAAGGGACACAUGAGAAUACACACUGGAGAAAAACCUUUUUCUUGUUCAACCUGCGGUAAAGAUUUUACUGAAAGACACCAUUUGAAAAAACACAUGAGGAUACACACUGGAGAAAAACCUUUUUCCUGCUCAGAAUGCGGGCGAGAUUUUGAAAAAAAAAAUGCGCUAAAAGAACACAUGAAAAUACACACUGGAGAAAAACCUUUUUCUUGUCCGAUUUGUAGUAAACGUUUUAUACGAACUGGUGGUUUGCAAAUACACAUGAGAACACACACUGGAGAAAAACCUUUUACCUGUUUAACUUGUCGUGAAGGUUUUGUACAGAGUCAAUCUUUGAUAGCGCACAUGAGAACACACUGGUGAAAAUCAUGUCCCCGAAUAAACUGCAACAACAGCUUUUGUGAACAAAGAGACUCUGUAGUACACAUUGGUGAGAAGGUGUGGAGGUGUAGUGUGUGUGGUGAAAGCUUAUCUUCUAAGUACCAGUGUGAGAAACACAAGUGUGCUGGUGAGAACAGCAGCAGCAAAUGAAGCUGCACGUUUUGAAAUCAAGACUAACAAUGACUUUCUAACAACAUCAGCACAUAAAACAUGUGUGACAUCAUUGUCGUGUAACAACCUUGUUAAUAUGCUUCUAACAUUUAUAGAUUACAUGGGUGUAACGAUUCGUUUCAACAACGAUCCUAUACUAUGAAGUGAGUUGAUAUUAAGGCUGAAACGACGCGUCUACGUCAUCGGUUACGUAAAUACGUCGACGCCGUUUUUGUGCGUCGAUGCGUCGCAUAUUUACGUCACACUACCGUCAUGGCGGAGCGCAAAGCAGACGAUGCGAGCGGUGCGAGCGAGGGGAAAAAAGCACGCCAAAAGUCGUCAAAAGUGUGGGAGUAUUUCAAUAAACAGCCUAAUAAUGUUGUAGCGGCGAACAGCUGUCUCAUCAGCUGAAGCGCGAGCUCGCAACCGUGGCUGCUGAGCAACCAGCCAAACCCCACUUAAUAAAAUUAUAUUUUAUCUUCGAGCACAUCCGCAUCCCUAUUCACCUAGGCAACCCCAGGAAAUGUAUAUAAUUCGGCAUUAUUUCGGCCAGUCGGCUUAUAUGAUCAGAACC